GCCCGCCGCUUGCUGCCAGAGCCGCUUUGUGCCGCGGCGCGGGGGACCGGGGCGUGGAGCCGGCGGGCGCAGCCUCAGCAUGGACGUGACCGUCUCGGAGCUCAUGGAGCUCUUCCUGCAGAGCCCGCUGGUGACCUGGGUGAAAACUUUUGGCUCAUUUGGAAGCGGCAACCAGGACAACCUGACAAUGUACAUGGAUUUAGCGGAUGGCAUCUUUUUGAACCAAAUCAUGUUGCAAAUUGACCCCAGACCAACAAAUCAGCGCAUCAACAAGCACGUUAACAACGACGUGAACCUCCGCAUUCAGAACUUGACCAUCUUGGUGAGAAACAUUAAGACCUACUACCAGGAAGUUCUCCAGCAGCUGAUCGUAAUGAAUUUGCCCAAUGUUUUGAUGAUUGGCAAAGACCCGCUGUCUGGGAAGAGCAUGGAAGAAAUAAAGAAGGUGCUGCUGCUGGUGCUGGGCUGUGCCGUCCAGUGUGAGAGGAAAGAGGAAUUUAUUGAAAGAAUCAAACAGCUGGACAUUGAGACCCAAGCCGGGAUCGUGGCCCAUAUACAGGAGGUGACCCACAACCAGGAGAACGUGUUUGACCUGCAGUGGCUGGAACUCCCGGACGGCCCGGAGGAGCUGGAGGCCCUCUCGAGGAACAUGGUGUUUCACCUCAGGAGGCUCAUAGAUGAGCGUGACGAGUGGCACGAGCUGAUCGUGGACCUGACGCAGGAGCGUACUACUCAGGCGCAGCACCCGCCCAGCCCGCUCAGGUCCUCCAGCGCCGAGUCCACCCCAGCCCCCCAGCAGCCUCUCCAGCGAGGACAGCAGCACCUGGCCGUGGAGCUGGCGGACACCAAGGCCAGGCUGCGCCGGUGUGAGACACAGGAGAAUGUCCCUGUGCCCCGUCUGGGGAGCUGCCCUCCUCCCCCUCACAGCCUGCCUGCCUGGCGGUGGGGAGUGCACCUGUGGCGGGAGCCUCCUUACCUCUCCCCCUGCCCCCGCACCCUCACAGGGAAACCCAGUGUCUGGGAGGAGAAGACCGAGCAGCUUGUGGACACCAGGCAUGAGGUGGACCAGCUGGUGCUAGAGCUUCAGAAGGCCAAGCAGGAGAACAUCCAGCUGGCGGCUGACGCCCGGUCUGCCCGUGCCUAUCGCGACGAGCUGGACUCCCAGGAGAAGGCGAACCGCGUGGAGAGGCUGGAGAUGGAGCUCGUGCGCUGCAGGGAGAAGCUGCACGACGUGGACUUCUACAAGGCACGCAUGGAGGUGACUAGGAGAGACAACAUCAUUUUAAUCGAGACCAAGGCCAUGCUGGAGGAGCAUGACUGCAGCCCGGGCCGGGGCGAUAAAGUUCACGAGCUGGAGAAAGAGAACCUGCAGCUGAAAUCCAAGCUUCACGACCUGGAACUGACCGGGACACAGACAGAAACGAUUGAGGAGCUGCUGGAAGAGAACAUCCUCGAGAUAGCCCAGAAGCAGAGCAUGAAUGAGUCGGUGCACCGCUGGGAGCUGGAGCACUCUGUCCAGAACGCAGACCUGUCCGAUGCCUCCCGAAAGUCAUUUGUGUUUGAGCUGAACGAAUGUGCCUCCAGCCGCAUCCUGAAGCUAGAGAAGGAGAACCAGAGCCUCCAGAGCACCAUCCAGGGGCUGCGGGAUGCAUCCCUGGCGCUGGAGGAGAGCAGCCUGAAGUGCGGAGAGCUGGAGAAGGAGAACCACCAGCUCAGCAAGAAGAUUGAAAAGUUACAGACCCAGCUGGAGAGAGAGAAGCAGAGCAACCAGGAUUUGGAGACCCUGAGUGAGGAGCUGAUCAAAGAGAAGGAGCAGCUGCAGAGUGACAUGGAGACCCUGAAGGCCGACAGAGCCAGGCAGAUCAAGGAUCUCGAGCAAGAAAAGGAUCAUCUCAACCAAGCGGUGUGGACGCUGCGGGAGAGGUCGCAGGUGAGCAGCGAGGCCCGGGUGAAGGACAUCGAGAAGGAGAACAAAGCCCUCCACCAGACAGUGACGGAGACCAGCAGCAGACUCAGCAAGCUGGAAUUCGAGAAGCAGCAGCUGCACAAGGACUUCGAACAGGUGAAGGAGAAGGUGGAGGGUGGAGGAGGGAGAGAAGGGCACCGGCUGGAGAAGGACAACGAGAAGCUGGCCAAGAAGGUGGCCUCCCUGAAGACCGCCACCGAGAAGGUGGACGCCCUGGCCGAGAGUCGGGGCCUGGCUCUGGAGAACCGGAAGCUCAGGAAGUCGCUGGACACCCUGCAGAACGUGUCCCUGCAGCUCGAGGGUCUGGAGCGGGACAACAAGCAGCUGGACGAGGAGAACCUAGAGCUGCGCAGGAUGGUGGAGACCAUGCGCUUCACCAGUGCCAAGAUGGCUCAGAUCGAGAGGGAGAACCAGGAGCUCGAGCGGGAGAAGGAGCUGAGGAAGAACGUGGAGCUGCUGAAGGCCCUGAGCAAGAAGUCCGAGCGCCUGGAGCUCAGCUACCAGGGCGUGAGCGCCGAGAACCUGCGGCUGCAGCAGACCCUGGAGAGCAGCAGCCAGAAGUCCCAGGCCCUGGAGCAAGAGCUCGGCGAGCUGGAGGCCGAAAACCAGGUCCUGCGGCGCGACCUGGAGGCCCUUCGGCUCUCCCACAAGCAGCUGGAGGGUGAGAAGGACAGGAAGGCCCUGGAGCAGGAGGUGGCCCUGGAGAAAGACAAGAAGCUGCUGGAGAAGGAGGCAAAGCGGCUGUGGCAGCAGGUGGAGCUCAAGGAGGCGGUCUUAGACGACAGCACCGCAAAGCUGUCUGCCGCCGAGAGGGACCGCGCCCUGGACAAGGAGCUGGCCCGCUGCAGGGACGCGGCCAGCAAGCUGAAGGAACUGGAGAGGGACAACAGGGACCUCACCAAGCAAGUCACCAUGCAUACGAGGACGCUGACCACCCUGAGAGAGGACCUGGUGCUGGAGAAGCUCAGCCAGCAGCUGACCAGUGAGCUGGACAAACUGAGCCAGGGGCUGGAGAAGGUCGGCCUCCACAAGGAGCUGCUGCUACAGGACGAGCAGCCAUGGCGACACAAGUUCAAGAUUCUGGAGGACAGAAAUGACUCAUUAAAAACAACAUUAGCCCUGAAAGAAGAAAAGAUUGUGUUUUUAGAAGCUCAGAUGGAAGAGAAGGCCAGCCUGAACCAGUUGCAGAACGAGCUCCAGGUGUUGAAGACCGAGUGUGAGGUCCUCAGGCAGAACCAGCAGGAAGGGAAGCACUUGGAGAACUCUUUCAAACACCCUGUGGACACUCUGGUCACCGGUCUCCAGGGGAGGGAGCCCUGGGGACCCAGCCACAAGGAAGCCACCAUGGAACUGCUCCGAGUGAAGGACCGGGCCAUCGAGCUGGAACGGAAUAACGCAGCUCUGCAGGCAGAGAAACAGCUGCUCAAGGAACAGCUGCAGCACUUAGAGACCCAGAACGUGGCCUUCAGCAGUCAGAUCCUGACACUGCAGAAACAGAGCGCCUUCCUGCAGGAGCACAACACCACGCUGCAGACCCAGACGGCCACGCUGCAGGUGGAGAAUUCCACUCUGAGCUCCCAGAGUGCCGCGCUCACCGCGCAGUACACGCUGCUCCAGAACCAGCAGACGGCCAAGGAGAGCGAGAAUGAGAACCUGCAGAAGCAGCAGGAGCAGCUGACGGCGGCCUACGAGGCGCUGCUGCAGGACCACGAGCACUUGGCCGCGCUCCACGAGCGGCAGUCCACGGAGUACGAGGCCCUCAUCCGCCAGCACAGCUGCCUGAAGACGCUGCAUCGGAACCUGGAGCUGGAGCACAAGGAGCUCCGGGACAGGCACGACGACAUGCUGAAGCGUCAGGCGGAGCUGGAGGAGCGGGAGAAGGUUCUGAACACCGAGAGGGAGGCACUGCAGCAAGAGCAGAGGACAGGCGCCAUGGCCGUGGGUGAGAACCAGCGGCUGCGGGGAGAGCUGGACAGGGUCAAUUUCCUGCACCACCAGCUGAAGGGGGAGUAUGAGGAGCUGCACGCCCACACCAAGGAGCUGAAAACCUCCCUGAACAACUCACAGCUGGAGCUGAACCGCUGGCAGGCACGGUUUGACGAGCUGAAGGAGCAGCACCAGAACAUGGACAUCUCGCUGACCAAGCUGGACAACCGCUGCGAGCUGCUCUCCCGUCUCAAGGGAAACUUGGAGGAAGAAAAUCAUCACCUCCUGAGCCAGAUCCAGCUGCUGAGCCAGCAGAACCAGAUGCUUCUAGAGCAGAACAUGGAGAGUAAGGAGCAGUACCACGAGGAGCAGAAGCAGUACAUAGACAAAUUAAAUGCCUUACGGAGACAUAAGGAAAAACUGGAGGAGAAAAUCAUGGAUCAGUACAAGUUCUAUGACCCCGCUCCCAAGAAGAAAAACCACUGGAUUGGAGCCAAAGCCUUAGUCAAACUCAUCAAACCAAAGAAAGAGGGUUCCAGAGAACGACUCAAGUCAACCGCAGACAGCCCUCCCUGGCAGCUGGAGUCCCCAGACCCGACGACGCCAUCUGCCUCUCAGCCCCUCCGGUUGCAGCCAGACAACCCCGAGACGGCCCCGUCUGGCUCCAACUGUGCGGAAGAGCAGGACCCCCUCAACGGGCCUGUGGGGAAAGGCCCUGGGGACCUAAAACCAAAGCAAGGGUCCCCGCACAGAGGCAGCCUUGACCACACGGAUGCCUCCGCCGACCCGGCCAUGAAACCCUGGCCCUCGGAGCUGAGCUCCCGGACCUGUUCAACCUCAGCCAUCACUACAACCCCUUCCAGCUCCACCCCCAUCUCCCGGCACCCAGGCCGCACCAAAGGCUAUAAUUCAGAUGACAGCCUCUGUGACCCAUCCCUGGAGCUGGAGUUCAACCACAGGCAGUACGUGUCCCGACCAGGCAGCUUGGAGAGCAGUCGAAAUGCAUCCAGCGACAGCUCGCCCCUCAACCUGAAAGGUUCCUCUGACCAGCUCCACAGAAGGUCCGAGAGCUUCAGCAGUGAAGACCUGAUCCCCAGCCGGGACACGGCCACUCUGCCACGGGACGCCAGCACCACGGGACGCGCUGCCCUCAGCCGCCAUGAGUGCCCCCCGCCCCGGAACGGGCCUCUCCCCCAGGAGGGCAUCCAGAAGAGGGGCACGGGCCAGCCUCACGCUGGGGGACGACCCAGCUCUGCCUCACCGAGCAGUGAGAUGGUCACCCUGGAGGAGUUUCUGGAGGAGAGCAACCGGCGCUCCCCCACCCCUGACACUCCCAGCUGCCCAGAUGACCUGCUAAGCGACUUCUUCAGAAAGGCCAGCGGUCUCCCGGCCAUUGGAAGCCAGCCGGGGCCACCUGCCAGGAGAGAAGGGGCCAAGAUGCCCACCAGCUUCGUGGCCCCUACCAUCAAGAUGCCUGUCAACACCCCUGAAGGGAAGUUGCUGAAGCCUGGACAGUACGUGAAGCCAAACUCCAGACCUGCCGAGGCCGAGGCCCCGCCCAGUGCCCCCCCGAGGCAGGCCCAGCCCCCCCAGAGCCUGUCACUGGGCAGACCCCGGCAGGCCACGAUGCCCCCGACGUCCCACACACCGGCCGGCCGGAGUGCAUCCCUGAGCCGUGCCUUUAGCCUGGCCUCGGCCGACCUUCUCCGGGCCAGUGGGCCAGAGGCUUGCAAACAGGAGGCCCCUCAGAAGCUGGGGGGUCCUGACACCUCAGGGGGCAGAGAAACAGGCAGUCACGUCCUGCAGAGCCCCACGCCCCCCACCUCCCACAGCCUGGCCCGGGAGCGGACCCCGCUUGCGGGAAAGACCUGCGGCAGCUCCGGUCAAGGCCCAGCCCCCCGCAGCCGGCCCCCGGACGUGAGGCGCUUCUCACUGGCUCCCCCAAAGGAGGAGAGGCUGGUCCCCCUGCAGCAGUCUGCCACGGCCCCGGCCAUCGCCUCCGGAGGUGGCGGUGCCUGUGGCAGCAGCUCCCAGCCCCAGCACUUUCCAUCGGCUGCGGCCCCGGCUACCAGGACCAAACCCCAGACGCCCCCCCACUCGGGGGAGGCGGCCACCAUCGCCCCUGUCCGGGGGGCGCUCGGCCUCUCAGAGGGAGACGGGGUCCCAAGGCAAGGCCACGGCGAGGGCCUCCCUGCCAAGAGUCCGGGUAGGUCUCCCGACUUGGCUCUGCACACCAGCCGGGCCCCUGAGGACUUCAGCCGCGGAAGCAGCUUGAAGAGCACGCCGGCGUCCCCCGAGCCUGGCGGGGACCAGCAGACGGUGUGGUACGAGUACGGCUGCGUGUGACUCGUCCGGACCAGCGGCCCCUGAACCCUGAAACUACUGACUCCCCUUCUGGCGGUGACGGCCUUUGCUUCUGCCCCUGUGGUGCCAGGAAAGGGCUUUAGAAUGAGGAUGGGGGUUCCUGUGCGUCUCUCCUGUUAAUGAAAACACUGUGCCAAGCCCUGCGAGGGUUACACUCCCAGGUGUGUGUCUUCUGUAGCUUCCAGCACCUUAGAGCUUUCAAACAGAUCCACACUUGACGGGGACACUCAGAAUGCAGUGACAGAACCAUUGAAGCAGACACUAUUUGAGCACGUCCCGGUAGAACACUCAUUUGCAACUCGUCGACCUCUCUUAAGGCACGGGUGUGUGUAUGUGCGUGUGUGCAGAUACACUUUCACGUGGCCAAGCCCCCGCCCCACGGCUCUGGAAACUCCAUUCCCUCUCCCCAAAGCCGUUUGAUCCUAGGAGAAGUCCAGACUGGCCAAACUACAAAGAUCUUGAGGACCUUGGUGGGGGGACCCCAGAAUUAGGCUUGCUGCUGAAAAUCAGGGGUGUUGCCAUGCCAUUCCUGGGGUCCCAAGCAAUCCCCUUCUGCCCCAGGGCUAAGGUGACCUUCUAGGCAGGUGGCAAGUGGCCUAGGGCUUUGGCCCCUCCCCCCCCCCCCCCCCCCCCCGUCCCCCUGCAGCCAGCUCCUGGGCUCUGCAUGGUGGGCUCGGGGGCCACGGGGAGACCUGCCUUCCCUGACUCACUUCUCUACAAACACUGGAUCUGCUGGGGCUGGGGGGCUGGGGGCAGAGAGAGGGCCCUGCCCCAGCCCCGACCAGCAAGUGCACAUAGUGUACAGAGGGGAGGUGUAUGCAAGAGUGGGGUACAGCCUCUCCACUUCCCCAGUCUCAGAUGAGAUAUUGAUUUAUUAUUUCUGAAUAACUUCUUGUGGUAGAAACCAAAUUUCUUUUAAUAUAUUACAUGUGUAUGUACACGCCCCUGUGAGAUAUAUGUCCUUUGAGGGGGAAUCUAUUUAUGUUCCACUGGGAGUCCUUCUUUUCGAUCAGGAAUCUUAACCUGCUGCUUUUGUGUAUUUGGUCAGAUUCCUGACACGUUUUGUUUUCUGUUUAGUAAAGGUGCUCUUUCUGGGGUAUACUAAACUUGGUGAUUUUUUUUUUUUAAGAUUUAUUUUUUUUCUUUUGAUUUAAUCCGAGGGAAAAAUGGGAUUGUUAACAAGGUCAGUUUUAGGAGCGCUUUCGGUUGUGUAUUGAAUAGCCAUUCAUUCUGGAACACACGGACAGGAUCGUAAUAAAAUGAGAUGGCAGAGAA